AUGCCAUUACAACGUGUUUUGCAUAAAGAUUUGGGUCUUAAGGCUUAUAAAGUUGAGUUAAUACAACAACUUCGUGUCUUUGCUGAUGUACUUAAAAUGUAUGAAAAUGAUCCAGAGUUUCAUCGCGAAAUCAGCUUGACUGAUGAGGCAUAUUUCCAACUCGCUGGCUACGUCAAUAAACUGUUGCAGCCAUUAAAGUGGCGAUCUCGUGCUGUCGCUACAACGAUUGCACCAACAGUGACGUCAUUUUCGAAGCAAGUGCAAAGUGAUACGCUGCCAAUGGCCUCAAGACCGAAUGAGUUCAAUUACCAACUGCCGAACUUAGCGAAUAAUACGGAGAGUGUACAUGUAAAUGAGGUGGUGAAAGAUCAUGAUGGCAAGGAGUAUGAUCAAAAGCAUAGAUUGUUGUUGGCGGUGCAAUCAGAUGUGAAAGUGCGCGAUCGGACGAAGCAGCAAGAAAGUUUGGGAAAUGCACCCGCACCGCGGAAUACUGAUCCUGAAUCACGAAAGCGUUUGAGAGAGGGUUUAAGAGAGCUUUUGUCAAAACUUCAUUCAUCACAGCCGAAUUCCGAUUUUAAUUUCCAGCCAUCAAUUGAAUCCAGCGAAGCGGCCACUACAACAUUCAAGCCAGAAGAUCCACUCUCAAAAAUGCCCUUUACCUAUCCCGGUAUACUAGAAUGCGAUGACAUACCGCAGAGCGAAUCCUUAUUGCACUCAGCAUUUAGAACUGAUAUGGAAGAAGGUAAAUAUCCAGAACCAAUGAAUCCGGCACAUAAAUCAGCGUUCAGCGUAAAACAACUAAUUGAGUUGAGAAGAAAAUUGUUGAAGUCCCGUAGAAAUCGCUUGCAGAUGUUGCCACCCUAUCGUAGAUAUCAACAAUACCCUUGGCCGAGAAAUAUAUCACCUUACAACAAUUUCAAUUUGAAUUAUCCAUAUAGUAAUUUUGAUUGUAACUAUUUUUUGAAUCCUGUUAAUGAGAUUGGUAUGCCAACCAUUGAGUAUAUAUGGGAGGAUUAUGACAAUGUCGGAGAUGAUGUCGAUGAAGAUGUGAAGGAGCGUAAGAAGAAGAGAGAGAGUGCAAGCGCGAGUGAAUUAAACAAGGAAGAUCAUACAGAAACACCCCAGUAACUAAAUAUUUUUAUUACGUUAUUUAU